AGGGGGCAGUAAUGCAACAAACAGGAUGCCAGCUGCCGGUAAUAACUAAAGAAGAAAAAGAACAGGAAAAGAAAAAAACAGCAACUGUGUCUACUUUGUUAAUAAUUAAUAAUUAAUAAUCCACCUUCUUCAAAGCUUAUACUCUAUCCCGGGAAAUAUGUCAGUUACCCCAGAUUUGAUUCGUAAGAAACUGAUCGCGGAGAUUGGUGCGAUACACGUGGAUGUAGAAGACACGUCUCCAAGUAGAUGUGCUGCAAGUUUUAAAGUUCUUGUAGUAUCGCCUCAGUUUGAAGGAAAACAAUUGUUGCAGCGACACAGGAUGGUCAAUAACUGCCUUGCUCAGGAGCUGAAAGAAAUCCAUGCAUUCGAGCAGAAAACAUUGACACCAGAGCAGUGGGAGAAACAGAAAGCACAAUGACAUCUGUAGACAUAAAGAAAUACACAAAUCAUCAAGUAUUCAGCCAUCAAAUAAAACAACUGUUGCUUUA